AUGGACGUGCCCGCAGCGGUCUGCCAGAGGGCGAGACACGCGGCCGACACCCAGGAUGAUGUCAGCAUCCAUCCCUGGGAGCAGCUCGUGUACUCCCUGCGCACGCAGGUGACCUCGCUGACCCACAACGUCUCUGCGGCGCUCGCGGAUGGGCUCUCCCACACCUUCGGCCUCUCCUGGCAGCCGACGGGCGAGCCCGUGUGGCUCCUCGGGAGGCGCUACGAGGCCCGCGCCGAGUGCAUGGCGUGCGACGAGGGCGGCGCGACUCCCAACGCGGAGCCCCUCGGCACCGCCGGCGCUGGCUCGCCGGAGGAGUUCGCCGCGGCCUGGUCGCAGAUAGCGCGCAUGACGUACCGGAAGGGCUUCGCGCCCAUGUACCGCCCGGCUUCGGCCUCGCUCCGCGCCCCCGCGGCCGGCUCCGCCGAGCAGCGGAGGUACAUCCGGCUCACCUCCGACGCGGGCUGGGGGUGCAUGAUCCGUGUGGGCCAGAUGCUGCUGGCCACCACCCUGAAGCGGCAUCACAUCGCCGACGGUGAGUCAGCAGAGGCGCGUGCGACGGGCGGGCGCGCCGAGCAGUCGGGGGAGCAGGCCGAUCUGUGCCGGGCGGCGUCCGAGAGCGCCGCGGUGGACGCGGACGUGGGCCCAGAGCCCAGCGGCGCCCAGGACGCGGAUCAGCCCCUGGAGCGCCAGUUUCUGGACGACCCGAGCCCACAGCGGAGCCCGUUUUCCAUCUUCGGUUUCAUCCGUGCGGCCAUCGCCGGGCAGGAGCUCACCCAGAAGCUUCCCGGGGACUGGUUCGGUCCAACCACGAUCUCGGAGACGAUCGCGGCGCUCGUGUCCAGGAGCGGGGAGCUCGCUGGCAGCCUGGCGGUCUACGUGGACUCCGACGGCUGCCUGUACGAGGACGAG